AUGGGGACAAUCGAAAAGACGGAUACUCGCUCACUACAUCAGGAAGAAACUGCCCCAGUACAAGGACAAGAUGCUGCUGAGGUCAUGGAGCCAGUGGCACCGGUUCCGAACGGGGGACUACAAGCGUGGCUCAGCGUGCUCGCUGGGUUCUUUGUGUUUGUAAAUUCAUGGGGACUGCUUGCGUCGUAUGGCGCAUUCCAAGAGUAUUAUCAGACGGUACUACUGGCAUCUCAGUCGCCGUCGUCCAUUUCCUGGGUGGGCAGUGUGCAGGCCACCUUGAUCGUCAUGGUUGGCGUCGUGACCGGUCCGCUGGUUGAUUCGGGGUAUCUGCGGGUUCUGAUCACUGUUGGAAUGAUCCUCGUUGUCUUUGGGAUUAUGAUGACCAGUCUGGCGACGCAGUACUACCAGAUCCUCCUGGCUCAAGGCUUCUGCGUCGGUAUCGGCGGCGGCAUCGCCUACAUCCCGGCGAUGGUAGUUAUCUCAAACAACUUCACGACCAAACGGCCCAUCGCAAUCGGCUGCGCAGCCAUCGGCUCCAGCGUCGGCAGCGUCGUCUUCCCCAUCAUGUUCCGGCAACUGCAACCGCGCAUCGGCUUCCCCUGGACAGUCCGCAGCAUCGGCUUCAUCAAUCUGUUUUUAGGGCUCAUGACCAUCCUCAUCCUCUGCCGCAAACCAGGCAAGAAGACGCGCGCCCGCAGCAUGAUCGAAUGGCGCGCCUUCAGCGACCUCCCCUUCAUGCUCUUCUCGACCUCCCUCACCUGCGUCAUGCUGGCAUACUACAUCCCGCUCUUCUACGUCCCCUCGUACGCGCGCACCCAGCUGCACACCACCCGCAGCCUCUCCUUCUACAUGGUCGCCAUCAUCAACGGCGCCUCCGCCUUCGGCCGCGUCGUCCCCUACCUCCUCAGCGUGUACAUCCCCCCGAUCGCCAUCCUCUGUCUGGCAGUCGCCGGCUCCGCACUCGCCAUGUUCACCUGGAUCGCGGCGACGAAUCUUCCCGGCUUCAUCGUCUGGGCCUGCUACUGGGGAUUCCUGAGCGGGGUGCUGGUCACCGCCCCGACGGCGAUCAUCGGGCAUCCGGCGCUGUGUCCGGACGCGAAUUACCUGGGGACGCGCAUGGGGAUGAUGUGGGGGAUCAGUUCGUUUGGAUCGCUGGUGGGGACGCCUAUCGCGGGGGCGCUGGUGGAUUUAUCGCAGGCGAAUUUUCUCAAGGCGCAGGUGUUUGCGGGCUGUUUGAUGGCGGGAGGGGUGAUGUUGCAGUUGUGGCCGGUUCUGGUGGUGAUGAAACAUGAUCGAUCCAACCUGAAAAGGUAA